AUGCACCAAUUUAUCAUCUCCCGCCUGCAGUGCGCGGCUACCUACCCCUCCUCCAAAUCAUUGGUGAACGAAACUGCGGCAGCUACAACCACUGUACCACGAGUACGCGGUGCAGCAACGGCCGAUAAGCGCAGCUCCAAUGUGAUUGGUCCAAACACAGGCUCACGGAUUCAAGGAUUCACGCAUUCAUACACAGGAUCGAGGCUUUUGCCCAAGUUCCCGGGUCGCUUUUGUUCUUGUCAGUCAGUGACUGUCGUUCACCUGAAAGGCACAAGUGAAAAAAGAGUGUAG